AACAACAGACAGUAUUAAGCAUAGACAAGUAUACUGUCAUUUAGUAAGAUAGUAGAUACAUAAUCAAAACGAUCAUAAAAUGUAAACAAUUAUUCCAUAAACCAAUUUCCACACACCAGUGUGGCCAACCUCUAGGUGAAGAUAAGUUAUUAUUGUAAAACUUAGCUCUACUGUAAAUAUUAUUGUUAUGUUAUCAUAUUCGGCGUGUACAGACCACAGAAUAACAGAUUGUAACUAAAUAAAAAGUACAAGACGUUAUAACCACCAUGUGGCUUCGUAUCACAUCACUUCGGUUUUUUGUAGGUAUGUGUUUUUAUCAUGUGAAAUGUGAAUAAUUUAUCUUUUAAAAGUCGUCAGUUUUUUGUUAUUCAAGUUUUUUAAAGUCUUUUAAUAACGAUUAUGCUACGAAGACAAGCGAGACUCCGUAGGGAGUAUCUGUACCGUAAAAGUUUGGAAACUCGUCAGAAAAUAAUUGAAGAUAAAAAAUUAAGAUUGAAACAGUGUUUGGACGAAAACGUUCCUAUUCAUUAUGAUUUGCGAGCUGAAGCGUUAAACUUACAGGAUAAACUCGAAUGGGAUGAUGAAGCACCAGCAUUAUCGGGAAAUGUUGGUGGCGAAGAAGGUGGUACUGGCAUCACACACGAAGAUGAUGAGUAUCGUUGGGCUGGCGUUGAAGAUCCAAAAAUUAUGAUAACUACAUCACACGAUCCAUCUGCCAGGCUGAAAAAGUUUGUAAAAGAACUCAGGCUUAUAUUUCCUAAUGCUCAGCGCAUGAACCGUGGUAACUAUGAAAUUAAACAAUUGGUUCAAGCAUGUAGAGCCAAUGAAGUUACAGAUUUUAUAGUUGUUCAUGAGCACCGUGGUGUUCCCGAUACAUUAAUAGUUUGUCAUAUGCCAUAUGGUCCAACAGCGUACUUCAACUUAACAGACGUUGUGAUGAGACAUGAUGUGCCCGACAUUGGUACAAUGUCUGAACAAUAUCCACAUUUAAUUUUUCAUAACUUUGAAACCAAACUUGGUAAAAGAACAAUGAAUAUUUUAAAGUAUUUAUAUCCAGUUCCUAAAGAAGACAGUAGAAGAGUUAUAACAUUUGCUAAUCAUGAUGAUUAUAUCUCAUUUAGACAUCAUACUUACAAACAAGUGGAUGGUAAUAAAAUUGAAAUGAAUGAAGUUGGCCCACGGUUCCAGUUAAAACUUUACCAAAUUAAAUUGGGUACAUUGGAGUCCGCUGAUACUGCUGAUACAGAAUGGAUGCUUAGACCAUACAUGAACACAGCAGCAAAACGUAGACAUUUGUCUUUAAAUGAUGGAUGGGCUCAAGAUGAUACUAUUUUUUCAUAAUUAUAGUUGAUUUCUUGUAUAUGAACUGCAAAUAUAUCUUCUUUUUUUUUUAUAAAAUAAAAUAUGUUAACCUUUCGGUAUUUCA